AUGUCUUCAAAACCACAACCGGCUAGCUCGAGCUCCGACCUGGAUGAACGCAAGCAAAAGAGGAAGCUUUCCAAUCGGGAAUCGGCCCGUAGGUCCCGGAUGAGAAAACAACAGCAUUUGGACGAGCUCGUUGCCCAAGUGGGUCAGCUGCAGGAUGAAAGCAAGAAGAUGAGACAAAUGAUCGAUGGGGCAACACAGCUUUACAUCAAUUUUGCUUCCGAGAAUAAUGUGCUGAGGGCUCGAGUGUCUGAACUCGCUGAUCGCCUCCACUCGUUGAAUUCCGUGAUUAAGGUUGUCUCUGAGGUGAGUGAGUUGGCAUAUGAUGUUCCACAUAUUCCUGAUGUCAUGCUCGAGCCGUGGCAGAUGCCUUGCUCGGGUCAGCCUAUCCCUGCUAAUGUUGAUAUGUUUGAUGAUCUGUUUGAGUUUUGA